AUGGAUAUUGAAUCGAAGAUGGAUGAUGGUGAUGUUGAUGGGCAUGAAAUAAUGCAAGCUAACUAUCAAGCACUCAAUGAGAUUAUACAUGAGAAUGGUCGUGUUAACCUUGAUAGUGAAUUGGAUAUUGUUAAUGAUGGAUGCUUGGAUAUUAUUGAAUAUGAUAAUGUAGUUGUUGAUGAAGAUUUUGAGUUUGUAGGAGGUGAAUAUGAUUAUGAAGAUGGUGAAUUUGAUGGAUGUGAAUACGAUGGUGAAGCUGGUUCUGGUGAUGUUGGUGGAGACGAAUCUUGGAAUACAGAUGCCAACAACGAUGAAACUGAUGGGGAAGAAGUUGCUUACACAUUUUAUGGUUGGUUUCCAAAGAUGAACGAAUUUGCAGUUCGUAAAGGUCAAGUUACUAAAAAUAAGGAUGAAGACGUUAUUCAACAAACAUUUUUUUGUAACCUUGAAGGAUUUAGGCAAGACAGAGUAGAGCAACACAAGCAUGGUCCGAAGCACGAAAUUCGAUGUGGAUGUGGAGCAAAGUUUAGGGUGCAUGUUGAUAUAAUUUCACAAAAGUGGGGGUAUGAUAAGGUAGGACUUUUGAAGAAGGACAUACAUAAUCAAUUUUCAAGACAAAGAAAAGAGAUGUUUUCUAAUGUUAAAGGUGUUGUUAGGUAUCUUAUAGAUCUUCGUGUUAAAGAUCCAUUAAUGUUUGUUGCACACGAGACUAUUAUAUUUGCUACUACACUAGUUUCAAAUGAAGUUGAAGGGACAGCCGUAUGGUUGUUGGAGCAGUUUUUGGUUGCAAUGAAAGGCAAGACACUAAUAUCUGUAAUAACGGAAAAUUAUGUUGCUAUGAGAAAUGAAAUCAAGAAAGUAUUUCCCUACAGUUACAAUAGAUUGUGUGAAUGGCAUCUCCUACGGAAUGCAAUCUCCAACAUUGGCAAUCCUAAUUCAUCCUUGUUUUAA